AGUCACCAAUAAAGUGUUUAUUUUGAAAAAUUGAGAAAAAAAAGGAGAGAAGAUCAGCAUUCGCUUGCCUCUUCCUUUAUUUAUUCUCUGUCUAAUCUUCUGUACUAUCACAGCCUGUUAUGACGAAUUCCGGGUGGUACCCGUCUUUAAUUUCUCCAUUUGAUAUCUUCUUCAAUGUCCUUUAAUUAAUUUAUUGAUGCAAGUAAAAUCCUUGUUUUUCGGUUUUGUUUAUUUGUUCCAUGGUAGUUGGCAAGUUGUGCUCCAGGGACACGGAGCGGGGGAGAUCUGAGCAAGCUGUUCCUUUCCUCAUUCCUGCCUCCCAUCCUAAGAAGCCAAGAACACCCACGAUCACCUCAGAAAUGUGAUGAAGGACUCCAAAAUAUCAUCGUCCCAGGAAAGAGAAACUAUAUAUCCAGUGUCAAAUUUCCAGCCCAAGUCGAUGGCUUCAAGAUCAAGUACUGGUAAACCUUGGAGAUAUCAUCAUCUCUCUACUCUACUAUCUUCAGCGGUCCUAGAAUGGAUUUUGAUGCUCCUGCUGCUGCUUGAGGGGCUACUCUCCUAUCUGGUGACAGCAUUUGCACGCCUUUGCAAGCUGCAACCGCCGUGCCCGAUGUGCACAAGGUUGGAUCAUGUCUUGGGCAAGGUGCAGAAGGGCUUUUACUGCGACCUUAUGUGCACUUCUCACAAGGCAGAAGCAUCAUCAUGGGCAUUUUGCCACAUCCACCAAAAGCUUGUUGACGUCCACAGUAUGUGUGAGGCCUGCCUUCUUUCAUUUGCUACUGACAAGAAGUCAAGCCUUGAGACAUACCGAUCCUUGGUAGGGAAACUCGGUGUCGGUAUUGAUAAUGCAGGUCGCAGAGACAACUUCACUUCGGGGAAUGAUACAUCUGAAGUACAAGACAUGAAGGAAACUAUAUGCUCAUGCUGCUCGAGGCCAUUGGAAGUGAAGUCUCAUCCUUUUGUCGUUCUUCAAAGCAAAGCUAGUGGAAUUGGCAUCGAGGGGAUUUGCAGAGUUGUAUCAAGAGAUCAUCAGAAUAUCGAUGAGAUCAAUUAUGCCGCAUACAGUGAGUUGAGGACUUCUGAUACUGAAUCAGAGCCCUGGCAGCCUGUUGGUAAUGUUGGAAAUUUGCUAAAGGAUUACAAUGAUAAUUUGAAGGAAGGUUUUGCAAUGAGGCAUCCACUAACAAAGAUUGCAGAUGACAUGCCUCCAUAUGACAACUCACAGGGGAAAAUUCCUGAGCAGUCUGAGUUGACACUAGUCCAGAAUGAUGGUUCUGACAUUAAGCCUUUUGAAAAUUCAGAAGAGUUGGGCAACAUCCUAGAUGAUGGAAAGGCAAACCUCCAGCCAACUGAUCUUACCAUAAAAAAUGGGCAGCAGAUUACUGAAGAUUCCGACACAAGAGAUCAAUCAGAAGAUGAUGUUUGGCACAACGCUCUUAGUUCUACUGAGGAGUUAUCAGUAGCCGCUAAAUCAGCUAAAACAGAUACCAUAGCAGAUGGAAAGAAAGCUGAAUUUACUGAUACAACAAGAAGGAAGGAAUCUUUUAAAGUUCAUGAAGAUUUGAAGUCAUUGUUGUCACAGCUUUCUAAUGCUUCACAGGCGCCUGACUGUGAUAGUCCUACUGUCCAGAACCAACAUGAACAUGCCAUACUUCAGAAUAUCACUAGAGCACUCUCCCUUGAUAGGAAUUAUUCAGGUAUCCCUGAGAGCAUGGUGAAUGAAGCUGAAGGAGAGUGCACAAUUGAUCAACUGAAGCAACAAAUUGAAUUGGACCGCAAGUCGAUAAGCCGUCUUUGGAAGGACUUGGAGGAAGAAAGAAACGCUUCAGCUGUAGCAGCAAACCAAACAAUGGCCAUGAUCACUAGACUGCAGGAAGAGAAGGCAUCAAUGCAGAUGGAAGCCUUGCAGUACCAGAGGAUGAUGGAAGAGCAAAGCGAGUACGACAGAGAGGACCUUCAGAAGGUGGCUCAAACAGUUCAAGAUCUCCAGGCUGAGAUCGAAGGCUACAAAAUGAAACUUAAAGAUCAGUUGCUCGUCGACGAAAUACGCGACCACAUGUGCCUUUCAUGUUCCAAAGAACAUGGUUCUAUCAUCUCAAGAUCUAAAUCGCUCUCGGGUUUUGAGGACGAGAAGACGUACAUAUCGAAACGCUUGAGGAAGCUGAGACAGAAGCUUCAUGAAUUCUCAAACAAUAGCAAGCACGUUCCAUUACCCAAGCUCAGUGAUGACAAAGAAGGUUCAUUUGAUGACAGAGACAGAGAGCAUGCGUAUGAAGAUGCCGAUGAAGACGGCAAAACAGAUGAUUCGGUAUUCAACAAGCAUCUAGGAAGAGAUGGCAACAGAUUCAUGGACUCGAAACAUGGCAAAGGUCAUGAUCCAAAGGGGCAGUACCAUGCCAUGGUCAGUGAGAAUGUUCUGGCUUCUUUCGAAGAAGAGAUCUCUGAAGUCAGUGGGAGGUUGAUAGCGCUGGAAGCGGACCGGAGCUUCCUGGAGCACAGCGUGAACUCGCUGAGAAAUGGCAAGGCAGGCGAGGAGCUGAUCCGAGACAUCGCUAGCAGCCUCAGGGAGCUCCGGAAGAUGGGGAUCCCUUGGAAGGAGUACGAUUAGCUCAGAUGGUGUUGACUGCUGUAGCAGAGGGUGUAAAUGAUGAUGAGCUGAUUGUAGUGGAGCAUGUGCAUGCGGUUGCUGUCAUCAGGUGGAGCAAGUGCGCCGAGCAUUUCGCGUGGAGUCAUGUGCAUUGCAUCACAGAAUUUUGUGCUUGCGAGUGACCAGUGAUAGUGUGCUUUUGAGAGCUUUGUUUUUUUUGUUUGUUCCUUUUUUCCUGGAGAUGAUAUAGUGCUUUGUUUCUUUUCUAGAAAAAAAGGAAUCAUACCGUUUUGUCUUAUUUAUUUUGCUUGCUUCUUUUCUGUGAGAGUUUUUGGGGUUGCUCCCUGUCCAACAAACGUGUCUGAUGUAAAAAUUCUGAUGCAAGAAUGCUGCCAGUUCACAAUGUU